AUGGGUCCCUAUUUCGAUGGGCUGAUCUGCGAGUCCCAGGUGGACCUAAAGCAUUGCGACGAUCUGCGAAUGCCUAAGCGAGGACUAUCCGGCAGCGCGGCGGAAGUCUUCGACUCCAGCCCCAUGGGGAAAUCCGUCAACACCACGGCGAUGUCGGCCUUGUUCGACAUCGGCGAUGACGACGGUCCCACCUUUAAGGGCCAUAGCCCUGAGCGCGGGCAUUCCCAAGGUCAGCCUAGUCAGGCUGAGGAGACUAAUAUUCUUGAGCUCUGA